AUGCCGCAAGUUGGGAAACUGCGGACACCACGAGGCAGGUUCUGUCCUCCCAGUGCUCCUGCCCACGUAUGGGUGCUUCUUGCCUGGCUAGGCAGAGGUGCUCCUGGCUCGUGGCUCAUGCCUCGUGGCUCACGGCUCAUGCCACGGCAGGACCUCCCCAAUACGGAACCUCCUCGGCCAUGCCCCAACUCGGGAUGCGCAAACUGGGGUUCCAUCCAUCCACCCAUACGACGCAUCCUUUGCUAA